AUGAGCCCGGAUGUAGCUGAGUCCCAGGAUCAAACUGCUCCAACCAACAAGACACCAAUCGGCUAUAAAUAUAACAGUUGGAUGGCAUUCGCCGAUCGUUUUAUUCCAUGGGCAAUUUGGGCUGAUCGGUAUGUGACUCUAAUCUACUACAUAAUCGGGUUUCCCGGAAAUCUAAUCUCAAUGAUUGUGUGGACCAGUCGACGAGUGUACAAGGGCAAUUCGGCCGCAAUCUAUUUGGCUGCUCUUUCUCUGAACGAUAUCAUCAUUCUUAUCUUCGCGCUACAUCGUGACCUUGACCGGAAUUGGGGCGUUUUCGCUCGUAACACCCCGGGUGCAUGUGAAGUACUAAACACCGUGUUUUCCGCCGUACAGUACGCCUCACCUUUGUAUGUGUUGGGAUUCACUGUCGAAAGAUGGUUGGCCGUGUGCCGACCAUUCCUUAUCAAGCGGAUAUGCAAUGCAAAACGAGCAAUGCUCAUUUGCUGUCUCAUCUGUUCGGGUACCCUUAUUAUCUGUUUGGGAAAUGCUGUACGAUUUGGGACCGAACCCACGCAUUGUUACAAAAAGAUUGAUGGAUUUGCAAUCAACUUCUACCUGGCAACAUUAGAAGCUAUUUUUUCCGGCAUAGUUCCUUUGAUGGUUCUCAUUUUCAAUUGCCUUGUGAUUCGAGAAUUGGCUAGGGUGCAUCGAACGAACAAAACGUUGGAAAGCACAUCAAAUCGGCUGACUGGGGGGACCACCGCAACAAAAUCAACCGUUUCGAGGAGCAAACAAUUAGAGCAUUCACGACUGACCGACCUGUUAUGUUGCCGCCGGUCAUCACAAUGGCCAUGUCAGUCCACGAGAAGUUAUUCCGGAGUUGCGCACGUCCCACUUGUUCGAGAAAGCUGUGGAUCUGAUUGCUUGAAACCUCCGGGACGGCCUAGUAAAUCCGGCAUUGGUUCUGCAGGGAGUAACGGCACGAGAGGAAGCUUUGCGACAAGUCAAGCAAACCCGGAAGAACGACACAGUCCGAGUUUCCGAUCAACCACAUUCAUGUUGCUCUGUGUUAGCUUUUACAUGAUCAUUGCCACAUUGUUGGCCGGUUCCAUGUAUUUGUUAAACCAUAUUUUUGAUGAGCCCGAUCUUACUUUGACCGAAGAUGAGGCCCUAAAAGAUCGCCAAUGGUUGCUGACAAUGCGGAUCUUGACUAUAAAAACGUUUGCGGAUGAAAUUGCCAUGUCCUAUUACGCCUUUGGUUUCAUUAUCUACUAUGCCACCGGACACAGUUUUCGGGAACGUGUACAUCAGUUAUUCCGUAUGAUGUUUGUACGCUGUGGCUGUUGUCGCGAUAGUUUCGCCAAGUAUGGACACAGUGACGAACUGGAGUUCACUUCGGCCACUCGUCGACCACAACGUCGAAUCACCAGUCCCCGGAGUCCAUCGCUCAAUCCGACCGUUGUUAGUGAAUACAACAGCAAUCUGUUGGAUCAGCACCAGAUCACAAACAAUACAAACGUUUCCGGUGGUGCAAUUCCAUAUAAGAUGAACUGUACCGAACACCCGCCCGAGAAUAGCGUAAACGAUCACGUGGAAUCGCUUGCUACUAAUGGAAUCAAUAAAGUGGAUACGCAUUCUCCAGUGCCGGAACCCAGAUCCGAAACGCCACCGGGUUCCGGGAAAACUCAUUCCGCUGAAAUAACCACACCGUUGCAACAAACAAAUACUCUCACACACCCCGAGGCUUGA